GUGGGACAGUCCAGAAGAUCAGUGGAAGAUGCCAUCCCCAUGCGCUCCCCACACCCACCGCUUGGCCCAAGAAGUCGUCACGGGCUCCGUCCUUUGGUGGCUGGAGAACCCGCUCAUUGCUCACCACCGGGGGCACCUGGACCUGCAGGUGGUUACGGUGGUGGACGUCCUCCUCAUCAGCACUGGCCCAAAGAGCCUGCCUUUGCUCAGGCGGCUGCACUGUGAAGAGACAGUAGCAAAGCCUACCUCCUGGCGGCCAAACACGGCUCCAGGAAAUAUGCAACACCUCCUUCGCCUCGAGCCGCUUCGCAGCGGUGCUGCAGGAGGGUCUGUACCAAAGACUUCAAGCUCUAAACAGCAGUGCCACGCGCUCGAACACGAUCAGCAGCUUGCCGGUGGGCGGGAGAGGAGUGGGUUAAGACCCAUGAAAUCAAUGGAAUAUGUGACUGGUUUAUCCCCGUAUCAGCUCCCCAUCAUUAACAAUUAUGUGAAGCCAGUGCCGCCUCCCCCCCUGCAAAAAGGAGACAAGAGUGUGAACGCAACGAGAAACGGGGUGCCCAGAGGGAGACGAUUUCGUUCCACCACUGCACCAAAUGGUGCUGAGCAACUUUUAGUAAAGAAUUCUGGAGGAUUCCCUAGGCCCUCGUUACGCAGCAACGCAUUUGUUACCAUGGUCUUUCUAGGAAAAAGUGUGCAUUUAUCUCACGAUGGUGCCGAUUACAGAGAUGAAAUCAAAGUCUAUCAGCAGCACUGUGGAGGAGAAAACCUUUGUGUCUACAAAGGCAGGCUGCUGGAAGGAGAGACCUUUCAGUUUGUCUCCAAGAGGCACCGUGGCUUCCCCUUCAGCCUCACCUUUUUCCUCAAUGGGAUACAAGUGGACAGGCUGAGCUGCUGCUGCGAGUACAAGCAUCAGAAGCGCUCCAGACUGGGAGGCAGACACAGAUACUUCGGGUUUCUCAGUGUGGAGGGAGCAUCUCCUUGCUACAGGUGCAUUAUUGCCAUGGGUCUGGACAAAACGCUGUCCCCUCCCAAGAGAAAGGUGGACCGUGAGGAAAAGCCUGUGGGUUCCUGGAGAGACGGAGCACCCAGUGAGCCCGGUAAAGGCGGAGCUGAGCGGAAAUCCAGCAAAGAUUCUGUGGUAGUCAUCCUACCGGGUCAUGAAGCCGGCGUGGAAACUGUUGAGGGCAAAAGGGAGACUGGACAGGAGGACAGAGGAGAAGAAGGGAAGAAGCUGUCUGAUGGUGAGAGUGAAGACAGUCAGGAAGACGCCGGCAGAACGGAGUAUGAGGAGGAUUUUGAAGCAGAUGAAGAAGUUACUGAAGAGGGACAGACCAGUGAUCAAGUGAACGGAAUGUCAAAGUCACCCUCAGAUGGUAAAACCCACAAUUCAGACUGUGAAAAGGAGAGUAAAACCUCACCACAAAAGGCACGGCUGGCCUCUGCCAGUGAAGAAGAUGAAAGGGAUGGAUAUUCCAACAGUGACUCCGAGGAUGAUAAACAAGAUUGCAAACCAGUCCAGGAGGAGAUAGCAGAGGCAACUGGAAAUGAUAAUCCUGUGAAUUCGGAACCUGAACCUGGUGAUUCCUGUGCCAAUGAGGAAGAAGAGAACGUAGCAAGUAACGUUAUGUACGAUGCCAGUGAAGCAGCAGGUGGAGCUUUCCUGGCAGAAGGAAGAAGGACGCUUGGUGUGCAGAAGGCAGCAGAGCACGUGGCCAGAGAAGGGCAGGUGGCAGGGGAGAAGGAAGAUGUCGUGGCUGCGGGAGGAGAUGCUCACACCGAAGGGGCAGGAGGAGGAAUGGCACGGGCGGGAGAUGCGCUGCCUGAGGAACAGACUGUGGCUGUGGUGCCGGCGGAGGGUCCGCUUGCGGUGGAGGAAUCUGCACCCGGGGAGAGCACCGUGGCAGAGGAAGAUCACAAAGGGAAGGGGACGGGAAGGGGAACGGAGCCUGGCGCAGAGGUGGCACCCGGGGAGCAGGAGGCUCUGCUGGAGGGGACGGAGAGCGAG